AUGAGUAGUACUACAACUCGAUCAAAAAUAGAUUUAUCAAAAAUUAAGAUUGAUACUUUAAAAUAUAUUCCACCAUCCAGAUUACCAAUAAAACAAAACAUGACAAUUUCAACAUCUUCAAAUGAAGUGUUACAUGAUGAAAAUCAACUUAUUGAAAUUAAACCCGGUGAAGAAGUGAAGGCAGCGGAUGGUCAUGAAUUAAAUGAUCAAUUCGUAGAUUCACAACCUACACAUCGGGAACUUAUAAAAGAAGAACUAAAAACAUUGGAGAAAUUUACUGGUGGGGGUGAUGCAGAGCAAUGGUUAACAUCAGUAUUGAAGAAAUUUGAAUUAUUGCAAGUGGAUAUGGAUGAUCGUAUUGCAUUUAUACCUAGUGUAAUAACAGGUGAAGCAUUUAUUUGGUUUGUACAAAAUGAACAACAUAUGCUGACAUUUAUAUCUUUUGCAAAAUUAUUUUUACAACGUUUUGCUUCAACAAAAAUCGAAGGUCGAACAACUACAUCAACUGAUCUUAUUUCAAAUCAACAACAAUUAAUAAUAACGAAUGGAUUACAAGAUGAUGUGUUUAGUUCAUUAAGAAAUCAAAUGUUAUUAAGUCAUAUCGAAAAAUUACCAAAAUUCUCAGGUCGAUCGAAACAAAAUGUUUCAAAAUGGCUCCGUGAAAUAAACCAAACCAUGAUUUUAUUGAAGCUAUCUGAUAUGGAAAAAUUAUUUUUUAUUCCAUCGAUCUUAGAUACUGAAGCAAAAGAGUGGUUCUUUGACAAUCAACAUGCAUUCUCAUCUUGGUCAUUAUUUGUACAAAAAUUAAUUGGUACGUUUGAAUCUUCUAGCAAAGCUGAUAUUGCAUUUAAUCGUUUACGACAAUAUCAACAAGGUUUAAAUCAAGAUGUGCGACAUUAUUAUUUUGAAAUUAUGAAAUUAUGUAAAGAAGCAAAUCCAACUAUGGAUGAAUCUACUAAACUUCAAUAUUUAAAAGAUGGAUUGAAAAUAUCUUUACGAUUUGAUAUUCUUUUAAAAAAUCCAACAACGACAGAAGAUUUUUUAGAAUACGCACAAAAAAUUGAAGAAUUGAAAUCACUUGAUGAACAACAAGGUAUUGGUGAGACGCCUCCACAACAUUCAACAUCAAAUAAAUCAAAUUUAUCGCGAAAUGUUUCGAAUGCAUCAUCAUAUAAUAAUAAUGUAUCAACAUAUAAUAAUAAUGCAUUAUCAUAUAAUAAUAAUGUACCAACAUAUAAUAAUAAUACACGAGCAAAUAAUAAUAAUUCAUCAAAGCAACAACAACAAAAUAAUAGUGUACCAAAACCACCAUAUCGAUUAGGAUCAUCGUUUGAUGGUGAUGAUCCUUCUCAAUUACAAAUAAACCCAUCACCAAUAUUUAUUGUUGCUAAAGUUAAUAGUAUUACAACAAAAAUUAUGUUUGAUUCAGGUUCAUCACGAUCUUUUAUUAAGAAAUCUAUUCUUGAUAAAACGAAUCAUUUACCAAUACAAUCUAAUAGUCAAUCUUAUUUAAUGGCAGAUGGUCAUUCAACGUUUACUAUUCUUGGUACAGUACAAAUUUAUAUUGAUUUACAUAAUUUACAAACUAGUAUUAUUGUUGGUAUUGUCGAUAAUUUAUGUGUUGAUUGUUUAUUAGGAAUGGAUUAUAUGAAUAAAUAUUAUGUUAAUCUUAAUAAUAAAGAAAAACAAAUUUACAUUCACGCACAAGAUAUUAUGGUUUCAAUUCCAAUGGAAAUUGUUAUAAAAGAUUUUAUUUUACCAUGUCGAUCUACUAAAACUAUUUAUAUUUAUCCACAAGAAGAAAAACAAAUACAAAUCAUAUGUGAAGUUCCAUCUGGUCAUAUGUUAUUUUCACCUAAUAAUAAUUUGAACAAUAAAGGUUUAGUUACUGCACAUGCAAUUAUUUCAGUAGUAAAUUAUACAGCUACUGUAUUUGUUUACAAUUCCACCAUGAGAUCACAACAAUUAAAUUAUCAAGAAAUUAUUGGUGAAAUUACCCCUUAUUGUUCUACAGCAUUUAUAGCUAUGAUUUUUGAUCCACAAACAAAAACGUUGGUGGAUGAAAAUCAAUCACAAUCAUUAACAUCAAAUAGUGAAAGUAAUAUUCAGGUUCUAUUAGAUCAUAUUGAUGAUCAACAACAAGUAAAUCAAAUUUGGUCAAUAUUUAAGAAACAUCAUCAAUUGUUUGAUACAACAACAACAACUAUUGCUGAUAUUGAUACAUCACAUGUUAUUUGUACUGAAAAUAAACCUCCAACUACAUCUCGACCUUAUCCACAAACAAUUGACAAACAAAAUGCUACUUUUGAAAUUAUUCAACAGAUGAUCAAAAAUAAACAAAUAAGACCAUCGUAUUCUCAAUAUUCGGCACCAAUUAUAUUAAUCAAAAAGCGUGAUGGAUCUUAUAGAUUUAUCGUUGAUUACCGUAAACUUAAUAACAUCACCAUUCAAGAUAAAUUUCCAUUACCAAAUCUUGAACAAGCACUUCAGAUAGUAGGCGGUCGAUGUUAUUAUUCAAAGUUGGACCUUCGGUCGGGUUACUUUCAAAUUCCGAUCAAGGAGGAAGAUAAAUUUAAAACAGCCUUUAUCACCACGCAUGGUCUUUUCGAAUUUAAUGUUUUGGCCCAAGGCCUUAAGAAUAGCCCGCCAUCCUUUCAACGCACUAUGUCAAAUUUAUUAUUACCGUGUAAAAAAUUUUCCAUAGUCUACUUAGAUGAUGUUUUAAUUUAUUCGGAUAAUUUUGAUCAACAUUUACAACAUGUCAAUCAAGUUCUGGCUAUAUUAAAUAAACAUAAAUUUCAACUUAAUCCACCAAAAUGUGAAGUAUUUUGCAAAAACAUAAAUUAUUUGGGUCAUACAAUUAGUUAUGAUGGUGUAAGACCACUACAAGAACGCAUUGAAAAAAUUUUAUCUAUUCCACAACCUGUAUCAUUAGCUCAAGCAAAUGCUUUUAUAGGUGCAAUAGGUUGGUAUCGCAAAUUCAUCAAUAAUUAUGCAAGUAUAGCUGCUCCUAUAUUAGCUGUUACUAAUUUAACUAAAGCACACAAACAUAAAUUUCAUUGGGAUCAAGAUCAACGUGUUGCUUUUGAACAAUUAAAAACUGCUCUCAUUACUGAACCACUAUUUCUUACAUAUCCUGAUAAUGAUCUACCUCUAAUAUUAGCAACCGAUGCUUCUGAUAAUUGUAUUGGUGGUGUAUUAUAUCAAGAAGAUGAUAAUGGUCAACGAAAAAAUAUUUAUUUUCAUUCGCAAAUGUUACCAAAACCGCAGCGUAAAUGGCCUACGAUCGAGAAAGAAGCAUUAGCUAUUUAUUAUUGUGUUUCACGUAUGAAGUUAUAUUUAUUAGGACGUGAAUUUACUGUAUAUACAGAUCAUUGUCCAUUACGUGAUAUGCAUUUAAAACCAUCAAAUAAUCGUCGUGUUGAUCGUAUAUCAUUAAUAUUACAACAAUAUAAUAUUAAAGAAAUUUCUCAUAUAUCAGGUAAGUGUAAUUGUAUGGCUGAUUAUUUAUCUAGAUAUCCUCGACAAGUUGAUGAUGAUGAUGAUUUUAUUGAACCUGAUUAUGGUACAGUUAUGGGUCUUCAACAUGGUUGUGCAGCAAUUACUAGAUCUAGAACAAAAGCACAAGUGCCUGUUCCAGACAUUAUUGUUAAUGAUUCACCAUCAAGUGAAGCUUCGGUAACAAAUGAUCAUCCUUCGUGUGAGGAAGGUCAUGAUUUUGACGUUACCAAGAUAGGUGAUGCUCAAAAGCAAGAUUCAUUUUAUCAAGAACAAAUUCAUAAAUUACAACAAGCUUCAGCUAAUAGUUCAUUCGAAUUAACAAAUGAUAUACUUUAUAAAAUAGUUAAACGUGGCAUUAAUAAACAAACAUUAAUUUAUAUACCGUCAGUAUUAGUCUCACAAGUGAUAGAAGUUUAUCACGGUUCGUCAUGGGCUGGUCAUUUUGGUUUUCGCCGAACUUAUAAUAAUUUGAAAGAUCGUUAUUGGUGGCCAAAUAUGAAAGAAACAAUUCGAACCCAUCUUCAAGCUUGUUUAAAAUGUCAAAAAUUUAAUUUUGCUCGUCACAAAGCACAUGGUUUUCUUCAUCCGAUUGAAUCACCUAGUGGUCCAUUCCAAAUGAUUGGCAUAGAUUAUUCUGGACCUUUUCCAACAACAACACAAGGAAACAAAUAUGUUUUAGCAAUCACAGAUUAUUUUACUAAAUGGGUUAUAGCAAUUCCUGUUGAAAAGCAAAAUGCACAAACAACAGCUACAGUUUUAUAUGAACAUUAUAUUUGCAUCUAUGGUGUACCUCAUCAAAUUUUGUCAGAUCAAGGAACACCGUUUAAUAACCAAUUAAUUGAAGCAUUUACAAAAAUAUUAGGAUGUCAUCAUAUAAAAUCUACUCCAUAUCACCCCCAAACAAACGGUGCAAUCGAAAGAUUUAAUGCUACCUUUGAACGACAAUUAGCGAAGGUUACAAAUGUUCAUAUGAAUGAUUGGGAUAUUCAUUUAAAGUCCAUUAUAUUUGCUUACAAUAUUGGUAAACAUGCAUCGACUGAAUUUUCUCCUUAUCAAUUACAGUUUGGACGUCAUCCAAAUUUACCACCUGAUAAACCAAAAGAUAAAUAUGAAUUUUUAAAACCAAAUGAUUAUUUUCAAUUUUUUAGACGUACACUAACAUUAUAUCAUCGUCAUGCAAGAGAAAAUAUUAUCAAACAUCAACAAUACUAUAAAACAAAUUAUGAUGUUCAUCGUGCUAAUCCUCAUUUUAAUGUUGGUGAUCGAGUAUUAAAAAAAUUAUCGACUUCUCGUAAUAAAUUAUCGUCAAUAUAUUCUGAUCCUAUGGUAGUUAUUAAAAUUCAACACCCAACUUAUUGGAUUGAAGAUAAAUCAACAAAUAGAGUAUAUCAAGUACAUGUAUCAAGUUUAAGAUCAUGUCAUAUUUAA